AUGGAGGCGGGGGAGGGGGCCCGCAGCUGCAGUGCCGUCGGCCACCAACCCCGCGCCGCACCCGGCCCUCCCCAGAGCCCCUCACCUCACGGCCACCACCAUCUUCCCCGCCCGGCCGUCUCCUCCCUCCUCCUCGCGCCCGCCCGCCCGCCACCCACCCCAGCAGGAGAAGGCAGCGAGUGCGACCUGCCCCGGCCUAUUCCGCCGCCGCCGCCUCCUCCUCCUCCUCCUCACACCCCCACCACGCGCGCCCCCGCGGCGGCUCGUGCCACCGAGCGCCUCGCGCCGGCCCGCGUGCGGCUGAGGCCCCAGGUGCGCGCGCACCCCUUCCCCCACCGCGCGCGCGCUCCCACGCCUCACUCUUCGGGGUUCAGGGCGGGUGAAGUCGGGCUCGCUAGUGCGCUGCCCAAUCAGUGGAGCUGCCGCUGCCGCCCCCUCCCCUCCCCCUGCGCGCCCGCUCGCCGCCCGGGCCUACGGGCCGGCCCCGCAGCUCGGGCGGGGCCUGAGGCAGGCUCUCCAGGGGCCUCGCGCGCCUCCCCGGAGUGUCGGGGCCUGCGGUCGUCGUGGGUGGCAUUCCGAUCCCCUCACCUACCUCAGGGCGCUGUGCCGGCACGGGGCUGCACACAGCUACAACACUCUACCCGUCUCGAACCCCAACCCCAGCGGCACCUGGCCCGGCUGAGGCCUGUCCAACAGCCCAGGCAGCCCUGCUCGGGCCCGCUCUCUCCCUCCCCCUGCCCGGCCGUGCGGGGUGAGCGGCUCCGGGGAGCCGGGUCGGGUUACCCGCUCGGGCACUGCACGCUCGGCCGUGGCCUCAGCGGAGAGAUGAGGCCGUGCGACCCCAAAGCUACGCCCACCCCCAGCACCAGAGCCGGGCUGCAGCCUGACAGCACGCUCGCACCUCGGCCUGCAGCGGCAGAUGGCCCUCUCGUGCCACCGCAGCCCGGCUCCCCGAGGAGCGCGCGCCUCGCCCCUGCGGGCCAGGCAUCAGGACCCCAGCGGAACUGCACCGCGAGGGCUGACUGCCUGACUGGCCCAGCCAAGCCUCGCGGCGCAACCCAGGCCACCGACGCUCUGCCCCGCCCCCCGCGCUGGGACCCUCGCCUGCACCCAGCACUGGGACCCCGCAGCACCGACCCAGCACGGCCGUGGCACAUCCAUUCUUUAAAGACAGCGGAAGGGCAGGUUGGGGAACCCAAGCCGGGCCUGAUCCCGCGAUUCCAGCACCCCCCCAGGCUCUUCCCGGUCCCCGGACCCAUCACCUCCAGGACUUCCCUUCCCCGCUCCCGGCAAGAAGUUCACCUCAAGAGCAACUUGGUCUCUAGAGCACGAAGUGUAUCCUUGCUCUUCAGAGAAAGCCACAUGGACCGCCAUUAA